AUGCAUAACGGUUUUUCCCAUAGUUUCUAUACUCAUCCAUCUUCAUAUUAUAUCUAUUAUUCACCGUCAACUUCAUCAUCUUAUUUUGAACAAUCUCGAAAUCGUUCACCAUCUCAUUCAUCUUAUUCUCGUUCAUUAUCACCAUUAUCAUUUCAACGUAAAUUUAAUGAACAUAAUUUUUUUAAUAAUAAUCAUCAACAAUCAUCAGCAAAAAAAAAGUCUACAUCAAAAUCAAAUAUAACAAUUACUCGUCCAACAACAUUUGGAAAAGGUAAAAAUUAUGAUUCUGUAGCAAAACUUGUUGAAUUAUUAACAAGUAAAACAAAUCAAACAUCAACUAAAAUUGAUCCACAAAAUGAUAAUGAAUCAACAAUUAUCAAAGAUAUAUCAACGAAAAAAACGGAUGAUGAAUCACGUUAUUCAUCUUUUUUAUCUAUGACAUGUUCAAGUGAUUCAUCAACAUCAUCCAGUUCAUUUUCUUCUCGAUCUAAUUCAUCAAUUUCAACUGUAACAGAAAAUGAAGAACAAGAACAAAUAGAAGAAAUAAUAGAAUUAAAAAAUCAAGAUUGUUCUGUUUCAUGUACAACCGAAGAUAAAUGUGAUGUUAAUAUUCAAGAUAAACCAAUUAAUGUUCCAAUAACAUUUUUAAAUCAACCGAUACCACCAACAAUAUCAUCAUCAACAUUAAUUGAUAAUUAUUCAUUCGAUCAAACUCGUGUACCGGCUCUAGGUCUAAAUAUAACCACGUCUUCCGUUCAUCUAGUCCUUUUAGAACGUUAUCCACAAAAUAUUGACUAUAAUAUUGUUUUAUUUCAACGAUAUUUACUAUCAUUAAUCGAAAAAUUUGAAUAUAAACAAUGGUCACCUAUAUCAAAUAUUCAAUUACAUGAUCAACAUGAUAUUGAAGCAAAUUUGAGACUAUUUACAUUAACAAGAGAUAAUUUUCAUACUAUUUUGUUACAUUUACAAUCGUUUACAACAAAUAAUAAUUCAUUUAUAUUAAAUAUUGCUUUAACCGGACAUUCUAAUCAAGAAUAUGAAUUAAAAAUUAGUGAAAAAUUAAAUAAAAUUAAUCUUAAUUUUGAUAUUAUUACAUGUCAAGCAGAAUCAUAUAUGAUUGGAAUUGAAUUUUUUAUUCAAAAACAACAACAAUUUCAUCAUGAAUUCUAUGAUAUUCUUAAUGAAAAAUAUUUACCAACACCAUUAAAUCUUUAUCCUUAUCUUUUAAUACAUGCCGAAUUAUCAUCUACCUAUUUUUAUAUUGUUCAUUCAUCAACUACAUACACAAUCUGUACAUAUUCAAAUUUAUGUUAUUCAACAUAUAGAAAUUUAACUAAAUAUUUUUGUCAAGGUGAUGAUGAAACUCCUAUAGAAGAAGAAAAAUCUAUAUCUCAUCAUUCAUCAUCUUUUUCUUAUUUAUCAUCAUCAUCAUCAUCAUUUUUACGUUCACAAGUUCCAUCAUUUGAUUUUACAACGAAUGAUUUAUGUAAAAAUUGUAAACCAUCUUAUUCUACUUGUACUCUACCUUUAACAAGUUUAACUCAUGUUUCAUCAAAAUAUUUACCACAAAAUUAUAAAACAUGUAAAUCACCAUAUUAUAUUUAUCGUGGAUGGUCAAAUCGUCGUUCAACAUCUUAUGAUAAUAAUAUAUGUUCAUAUGAUGUUCAUACACAAACAGAUGAUAGUUUUUUUUCACAAUAUCAAUCAACAAAUUUUAAAUUAUCAAUGAAAAAAUCAUUAUUAAAUAUGAUUACAAUGAAUAUAGCUUUAACAGUGAAAUUAAUUAUUAAAUUAUAUCCAAAUGUAAAUCAUUGUUUUCUUACUGGUGAAUUUUUUCAUCAAGAAAAACAAGCAAAUAUAGAUGUAGCAAAAUCUAUACAAUAUUUAUUAAUUAAUAAAUUAUUAACUGUAUGUCAAAUAAAACGUGAACCAUUAACAGCAGCACUUGGAUGUGCAUUACCACGAGUCUAUUUUGAUGUUAUAGAAGAUAUUUUACCAGGAUUUGAUUGUAUUAAAUAA